GUAGUUCGCAUCACUCUGGAGAAACAAAAAAGCGAAAAAAAAAAAAUUAGAAAGACUUCAAAUCGCGAGCUGCGGCGAAACCCUAGAAAAUGCUCGCCGUCUUCAAUGGCGAUCGAUCACCCAAAGCUUAAUCCUUGCCCUAACCCUAACCCUAACCCUAAUCGAUUUCAACCCUUACUGUAACCGCAGGAUGACAGAUGAACGGCUCCCGGCCGCCGAUGUCAGCUCCGAUGCCGCCUUCCUCGAACGCCGUGGCUUCUCCUGCUGUUCGGUCUCUUGCGACGCCUCUCCAGUCGCACCACCCCUCUCCUCUAUCCCUUGGCCUCAUCCCUCUUCCCCCUCCCCGUCCGCCGCCACCGCCGCUGGAUGUUGUAUCCACUGAGCACUCCCCUGUUGCUAGGGUUCGCCUGGGGGAUAUCAUGCCCUACGAUGGGGCGCCUGAUGGUGUCUAUGUGAGAGCCGUGGAGGCGCUGUCGGGGUCGCUGAUGAGGCACAACGCGGCGGUGAUCGAGCUGAGUGGUGAGGACUCUGUUGUUGUGAGGUGCGCUCUGGAGUCGGCGAAGAUGUACUUCAAGGCAAGGGGGCAGUGUGGCAGCUGGGGGAAGCCAGGCCGGCUGGUCUACGCUUUCCGUGCCGGAAGGCUAUCAGAAGAUGGGGACUUGUCACCUCCAUGCAUAAAUGAUGCCUUCAAAUGUUUGGGCAAGGCUUCUCGUGCUGCAUUAUGUGCAAUAGCAAAGCACCUUCGUCUACGUUGCGACUCUUUCAACCAUCUGCUUGAUGACACACCAUUGCCAGCUAAUGAGGCCUCCUCAUCAGUGUUGGUUGCAGCCUAUUCUCAAGCCUCACUACAGAAUGGCAAGGGAUCUUCAGGUGGCAAAUAUGCCAAUGAAGUUGAAAAGGGAUUGUUGACUUUGAUUGCUUCGGAUAGCCCUGCUAUUCAGGUUUAUGAUCCGAAUGGCCGUUGGUAUCUAGCAGAUAGUGACUUGGGCCCUGGUGAUUUAUUAUUGCUUACAGGGAAAGCACUCAGUCAUGCUACGGCUGGCCUUCGCCCUGCUGCUUCAUUCAGGACAGCUUAUGAAAACUGCCCAGGAAUUAUUAAUGGUGGAAGGGCUUCAUUGACAUUUAGACUCAUGCCACAAAGCAAUGCUGUCUUGGACUGUUCUCCAAUUGCAGCUGCUGGCCAUGUAAUUCCUCAAAGUUAUCAGCCAAUAUCUGUAAGCCGGUUUAUGGAUGAUUUAUCUGCUGACGAAGAUGUUAUGGGAAGCCUUCCAGAUAAAACUUAUGAAACUCGAAAUAAUGCCCAUCCAGAACCAUCACUAAGAAGUGUCCUGUCUGAUCCCUUAUCUGGGGCAUUUCUUGAAGAUGCUGUGGUUGUGUCCUGUGGACAUUCCUUUGGUGGAAACAUGCUGAAGAAGGUCCUUGAGAUGGCUAGAUGUACUCUCUGCAAUGCAGAUAUUGAAACUGGGUCCCUAAUCCCUAACCUUGCUUUAAGAGCUGCAGCCACAGCAGUGAAGCAUGAGGAUGACAAAAGAUUAUUCCAUAAUGCUGCUUUACGUAAACGACGAAAGGAAGUAGGAGAUCACAUUGAUGCAUUUAAAAGACUUAGCAAGGAAAAUGGGGAGAUGACUACAGAUGGUGAUUGCCUCAGGCAACAAAAAGGGGUUCAGUAUCCUUUUGCUGUCAAUGAGAAAGUGUUGAUUAAGGGAAACAGGAGGACCCCUGAUAAAUUUGUAGGAAGGGAAGCAAUGAUCACCUCCCAGUGCUUGAACGGAUGGUACCUGCUAAAAAUCCUUGACAGUGGAGAAAGUGUUCGCUUGCAGUACCGAUCCCUUCAGAAACUCUCAAAUUCUCAGACCAAUGACAGAAUACAACCACAACAAUUGCUUCAGAGCAGCAGCUGAGAUGAGGAUAGAUCUUUUGCUUGCAGGUCCUUGUGAUUUUGUUUUUGUUUCUUUGCAUACGUGCAGAUCUAUUCAAAGGUCAUUUGCAAGAUUACCUACAGACAAAACCCACCACCCUCCUACCUACUCAAAUCUCAUGAGAAAGUAGUGUAUUCCAUGGUUAAAAAGAAAAAAAGAAAGAAAGAAAGAAAGAAAGAAAUUACUGUGUCUGUUAUAUCUCAGUGGUUUUAGUGUUUACAAAAGCUUCUGUUUCUUUGGCUUGUGUUGUAUCAUGUAAUUCACAGAUCAUAGACCAAAUUUAGUGAUGGACAAGGUCUUGUUCAAUAGAGAAACUUUUUGUAGUGA